GAAUUGGAGGACCGGAAGGAUUCUGGUCCUCCAGCCAAUCAGAGCGCGGGCUUUGUGUGAAUGAAGAUUGAGCUUCACACAGACUAAAACUUCCUCCUGAGUCCAACAUCUGACGUUAGAAGGGGAGAAUUUGCAGACUGAAAUCUCAAACUAAAUGUCACAUCAAGAUCUGACAGUCACUCAAUAUAACUGGAAAAGCACCAAGACACACACACCCGAGUGAGAGUGUUCCAGUGCACUGGCUGUGGAAAGAGCUUUAACCAGUUACACAGCCUGAAAGAAACAUCGCACCAUUCACAGUAGGGAGAGACUGUACGUGUUCUUUAUGAGGACGAGGCUUCAACUGAUUGCCGAACCUGGAGAGACACAAGGACACCUGCACCAUGGAUAAACCGUGGAAAUGUGGGGAGUGUGGGAAGGGGUUCCGAUCCCUGUCUGUGCUGGAAACUCAUCAACACAGUCACACCGGGGAGAGGCCAUUCACAUGCUCUGAGUGUGGGAAGGGAUUCACUCAGUCAAACCGCCUGCUGACGCACCAACGAGUUCACACAGGGAAGAGGCCGUUCCCCUGCUCCGAGUGUGGGAAAGGAUUUCGAUCCCCGUCCGAGCUGGAGAUUCAUCUACGCAGUCACACCGGGGAGAGGCCGUUCAACUGCCCUGAAUGUGGGAAGGGAUUCAGUAAUACAUCCAACUUAUUGACACACCAGCGAGUUCACUCUGGGGAGAGGCCGUUCACCUGCGCCGUGUGUCGAAAAGGAUUCACUCAGUCAUCCAGCCUGCUGAGACACCACGUGACUCACACCAAUGAGAGACCCUUUAAAUGCCCUGACUGUGGGAAUGACUUCAAAAGUGCUGCGGAACUUAGAGUCCACCAGCGCAUUCACACUGAGGAGAGACCAUUCAGCUGCUCUCACUGUGCGAAGAGGUUUAGAACAUCAUCCAGCCUUCAGACACACCGACGCAGUCACACCGGGGAGAGGCCGUUCACCUGCACUCAGUGUGGGAAGGGAUUCAGUGAUUCAUCCAACCUGCUGAGACACCAGCGAGUUCACACUGGGGAGAGACCGUUCCUCUGCACCGAAUGUGGGAAGGGAUUUAGUAAUUCAUCCAACUUACUGACACACCGACGAAUCCACACUGGAGAGAGACCGUUCACCUGCUCAAACUGUGGGAAGGGAUUCAGUGAUUCAGCCACCCUGUGGUCACACCAGCGGGUUCACAGUGGGGAGAGACCGUUCACCUGCACCCAGUGUGGGAAGGGAUUUAGUAAUUCAUCCAACUUAUUGACACACCAGCGAGUUCACACCGGGGAGAGACCGUUCACCUGCACCGAGUGUGGGAAGGGUUUCACUCAGUCAUCUCACCUGCGGAGACACCAGCAACUUGAUUAA